AUGAACAAUGAAGAAUUUUUGGAAAGGCUGAUGGAAAUUACGGAAGAGAGCAGUAGAAGGGUAAUCGAAGAAGCAAAUUCAAAACAGUCUACUGAAAUCAAAGAAUACAUAAAAAGCGAGAUUGACUCACUUUCGGUACAACUAAACGAUAAACUUAAUCAGAAAAUUUCUGAAAUUGAAGAGAAGUAUAAUGAACUGAAAGUCCAGUAUGAAAAACUGCAAAAAGAGCUUAAAAAGAACAACUUGAUAGUGUUUGGUUUGAAUGCUCCAAGUGAUUGUAACUUGAUUAGCUUUGUUAUUGGCAAAAUCAACAGCCUACUCGAGCUAUCGUUGGUUACCAGCGAUAUCAACGAUGUUUAUACCAUAGGGAAGCAAACCAGUAACAAACCCAUAAUCCUGAAACUUGUGUCAUACCUAAAGAAAAAAGAAAUCCUUAGGAACUGCAAAAAAUUAAAAGGUACAAACAUCGCUAUUGGUGUUGAACUCACUCCUGAAGAGCAAAAGGAACAAACAAUUUUGCGUCAGCAACUCAAGAAAGCAAGGAAACAAAAUCAAAAUGCAUUUAUAAAAAACAGAAAGCUAGUCGUGAAUGGUAGAGAAUUUACAGCCCACGAACUGAUUGCUGAUGAAAAAAGUUCAGACGAGGAAGAAGAAAUUGAAACAGGUCUUCACUGUAGGUCAGAAAGCUGGUGCAGAUGUUAA